AUGGUCCAGACGGGUGGCCCAGCGACCCCGACGCCCGAGAACCCCAAGGGCGGCAAGUCCAUCUGGGGCGGCAACUUCGAGGACGAGAUCCGGCCCGCCCUGCGCCACGGCGCGCGCGGGAUGGUGUCCAUGGCGAACAAAGGACCCGGCACCAACGGCUCCCAGUUCUUCAUCACAUUUGACAAGGCCCCCCACCUGGAUGGGCUCAACACCGUGUUUGGGAAGGUGAUUGGCGACGACGGCAUCGCCACGCUGGCCAAGAUGGAGGCCGUCGAGGUCGACAGGAAGAGCCGGCCCAGAGAGCCGUUCUGCAUCGAGAGCAUCACGAUACACGCGAACCCCCUGGCUGGCUGA